CAUGCCUCAGAAUUUCGUCAUUGUCGGUGGUGGGCCUGCCGGCGUCCACCUCUUCAACGAACUGGGCAGCAAACUCAGCGCUUCCGAAGCAUUGCUCAUCAUGGUCACGCCACGGCCGUACUUCACAUGGCUGCCUGCGUGUCCCCGUAUGCUCGUCACCGCGGAGGGCGAGCUAGAGAAGAGGGUGCUCAUGCCGUUCCCCGACAAUUUCAAUGAAGGGAAUAGGAAGGUCGUCCUCGCGAAGGUGGUUUCUAUCAAAGACGACGACGAGAAGGCUCAGCGGUUUGUCACCUUGGACAACGGGGAGAUCAUCGAGUUCUCUGUACUCAUUCUGGCUCCGGGGAGCAAGUGGGAUGGCCCACUAGGAUUCCCGGAGACCGAAGAAGGGGACUUGGAGUUCAUCAAGGAUUGGCGGAAAGAAUUCUCGGAAGCAAAGGAAAUUGCCCUGAUUGGUGGCGGAGCAGUAGGAGUUGAGUUUGCCGGAGAAUUAGUGGACGAGUGGCCGACUAAAACCGUGACGCUAGUGCACGGCCAUCCUCUGCUAUUAACGAAGACCUAUCCAGACAAAUUUAGACAGGAUGUUGUCGAUCGCAUGGCGAAACGAGGUGUCAAACUCGUCCUGGGAGAUUAUGUCGACGACAUUGUGCCCAAAGACGGUAAAAUUACUACUCGAAAAGGAACUGAAAUUGCUGUAGAUCUUGUGAUAUCAACUCGAGGCGGCAGACCCAAUACCGACUUCAUCGAAACUAGCCUUGGAUCCGAGGCCCUCGACGAAGGUGGCUAUAUCAAGGUUCGUGAUACUUUGCAGCUCAUCGACCACCCGUGGAUCUUUGCCGCUGGUAACGCCAUCGACUACCCUGAGGGAAAGCAAGCCUACAAGGUCGCUCGUCACGCUCCUGUCAUUGUGAAGAACGCUUUGACUCUCCUCCGUGGCGGCGGCGAUGAUUCGACGUUUGCACGAUACCAUGGCACAAUUGAGGCUAUCGCUAUUUCCAUGGGCAAGGACGGUGGUGCUUGCUACUAUGACAUUCUUUGGGGCAUCAUCCUUGGCGACACCUUCGCUAGGCUGUCGAAGUCAAAAGGGUUGAUGAUCAACGGGGUAAAGAGGAAGCUCAGGCUCUA